AUGGAAUACGAUUCGGACUCAGAACUGCAUGCAACUGAUACCCUCCGCUGUGAUAGUGAUUCUGGAGAAGAUAAUCAAUCGAACGAAGGUACACCAGAAGGAAGGGAUUCGGAAAAAGAGGUCGUCACAGAAGCUACAUCCCAUGCAACGGAAGCUGGAAAGCAGCUUCAGGAUUAUGUAUCGACAAAUGAGCAUAAAAAUUCUUCUGACGAAUCGCCGGAUGUGGUGGAAACCAGUGGUACAAACAAACGUAGAUCAAAAUUCUCGCACCUUGUCGACAGUGAAUCUGAUGAAGAUGAAAUGGCGGUUAAAAUGAAUGAUAAAAAUGACCCACCACAGCCUAAUGUGGCUCAUCUGGAUCGAUUAAAAUCACUGGUAGAUUCGGAUUCAGGCGAGCAGCAGCAGGACGACAGAAGUGAGCAGAAAAAGAAAGUGAAAAAGCAGAUUAAGCGAAAGCCCAAACCAUCGCCGGCACUCCUUUCGGAAUCGGAUGGUGAGCAGUCGAAUGAUGAGGCACGUCCCGCAACGAAAGAAAAGCAGAAACGCAAACGUAAAAAAGACACAAAAACUGAAGUGGAAUCUUCAAGCGAAGUUAAAUCCGCUCGCGAUAUACUGGCCAGCCUUAAUUUAUUCUUCGAUGAUGAUGAUGACGCCGAGCAAGUUUUGCCCGAUAGGAUCGAUUCUGGAAAACUUGUUGUAUCAGCUUCUUCCGAGGACGAAUACAACGAAGGUUUGGUGCGAAGCGCGAGAUCGGCUCGUAAGAUGACGGCAAAGGAAGCGAUGGCAGAUCGACAAAUAAUUCAAAGUGAAUCACAACGAAUGGCACGUGAAAAGUAUAUCGAUGUUCCGUACCAUCGUACGAAAGUGUUUUCCUUCGAGGAAUUCCGGGCGCGGAAAACGAUCUGCAAACCGGACCCGUUGCGCGAUUGCACAGGCGAUAGCGCUCCGACCAACAAGUCGAUACGAAUGACUGCAGAACAGUUGGAGGAAUUUGCCCGUAAGCUGCAGGAGCGUGAGUUAGAAUCGCAACACUUUUUCAAGUCGGAAAGUGAAUCCUCAGAUUCGGAACCGGAUAAUAACGUUACGACAGAAGGUAAACCUGGCAACGAAGGUCGGCAGGAUAAUAUCGCACCAGAAGCGCACAAUGGAAAGAUACAAGAAGUUGAAGUAGAAAUGGUUGGAGACACAUGUACCGUUGAACCUUUGGACAAACUAAGCUCGUCUAACGAUAUUUCUCCACCUCCAUCUGUAACCGAAACCGCCAAAACACCGGGAGAAGAACCAAUUGAUCCUAUCGAUGAAAUUGUGAAUCGAACAUCCGAGAAUAUGGAACAGAUGAUGGCCUCUUUAAAAGAGCCAGAAACACUUUCCACCACCACCGCUACACCGGAAACCGAACAUAUCGAGAUCAAUUAUGAUGCAUUUACGUCAGAAGCCCGCAGUACAACGUUGGCAGCCAAAAAGGCAGCCCUAUUGGCGAGCCUAAAGCUUCCACCAUGUCCACGGCUCAGUGGAAGUUCGGACAUGAUAAUUGAUCUAGACAGUGGUACAGUACAGCCGAAAGAACCUUCCGGUGUGGAUAUUCUCUUUCAGCGGCUUGCCAAGUGUAGUGCAAGCGGUCAAAACGCUAACUCACCGGUGAGCAAAAAAUCCGUCAGUAUCUUAAGCACUGAAAAUGGAUUCGUCAAGCUGGACACUGUUUCACUGUUCGAGAAGGACGAGCGUCCGCUGGUGAAUAAGGAACCCGUACCUGGAGCUGCCUAUUCGAAGCUGAAACAGGCGCUAAAAGAAAAGAUCGACGAUAUUCGGCGAGAGUUUAUACGGAAGCGAGAAGCUGAGUUUGCUAAAAAAAUUGAUCUAGAAAAGGCGGAUGAAACGGACGAUGAGGAAGAGGACGAAGAAGAGCUGCUGGAAGACGAACAAGACAGUGAGAUGGAAUCGGAUGAGGAAACAGUGUCUAAUGCUGCUGCUGGACAGCAGAAUGACUUAUUGAACGAUCACGCGUUAGAGGAGGAUGCGUCUGCUGCAGAAGAGAGCUCGAGUUCGGAAGAAGGUGAAGAGGAAAAGGAUGAGCAGGGUGUUGAUGGGGGCGUGAAAAAGAGUGGAAGAAUUAUUAAAGCAUUUGAAGAUUCGGAUGAUGAUGAUAAUGAUGCUCCGCCAGCGAAGGAAAAUCAUUCGAAGGAACGGGAGCUGACAGUGAGUCCUUCAAUCGCCUUAACCGAUGGUGACAAUAUUGCUUCCGGAUUAAGCAUUAACAGCGAGCAAAAUGAAGAAAUGCUUUGGAAAGAUGAUAGAGCGAAUGAAAGUGCGGAAGUUGUAGAAGAUGAUUUGAUGGCUCUUUGUUCGGGACAGUUUGCCACGCAACUGCCACAAAACACACAGAACGAGUCAUUACCGCUUUCACAAGAUCGUCCCGACACUCUGGACCAAAUGAGCCAAACAAACGCGAAAUCUCUUUACACACAGAACCAGCAACCUAUUGGGGAAUCGCAACUAAUGGACCUUUGCUCUGGACGGUUUGAAACCCAAGCUGAUGAGCUGCAAUCAGUGCAGGCGACAACUGACACUACCUCACCGCAGUUGGAUAGUACUGAUAAAAAAGAAUGUGCAUUCGAUGAUAGCGAUGUUUGUGUUGGAGGUCGCUUAAUGCUAGAUUCGUCCGAUGAUGAAGCGGUGCAUAAGGAAAUAGAGCCCAAAAGCAAAAUCAAAAAACCCAAGCGAAAACAUCUAAACAUAUCCGACGAUGAGGAUGAUGAGCUUCGCGAGGAUGAAGCAGCGAUUGAGCAGCUUGCCGAUGAGGUUCCCGAUCCGGUACCCGACGACGACGAAGAUGACGAAGCGGAAGAAGCAGAACGGUACGUGGAUUACGAUUCGGAGGAGAACGAAGUGGAGGUGAGACUGACCAAGAAAGAGAAGCAACUGAUCACUGCCAAGUUCGUCGAGAACGAGGCAGAACUAUCCGAGUCGGAAUGGGGUAGCGCAGACGAGGACGAGCGAGAUCUCGAUCGGUAUGACAUGGAGCUAGGCGAUGAGGAGCAAUACGAUCAGCGUCAGCUGCAGCAGCAGCUGGAGAAAAUACACAACCGCCAGAUGCUCGAUCAGGACGAUCGUGAGCUGGAACAUUUGAAGGAAGUUUUCCUCGAGGAUGAAGAAAAAGAUGGCGUCGGACGAGAAAGGCAGUUCCGAUGGAAAAAUGUGGAGAAAACGUUUAGCUUGGAUUACGAUAAAACCACGGAGCAAGAUGGUGAUGCGGACGCGAACGGUAGUGACGACGAGGAGAUGGAACUAAACUGGCGCAAGAUGCGACACGAACGAAAUCUACUGCUCAAGGAGAAAAAUAUCGAUCUCGGUGCGGUUGAUUUGACUGCCACUACGCUGCUGAAUCCGGCGGACACAACGAUCGCUACCGGCAAUGAGCAGGAAAACAUGAAUCAGUUGGGAAGUACGUCGUGUGGAAAGAAAAAAAUCACAAUCGUUAGGAAGAGCGCCGCAUCUACUACAGUGGUAAAGGAGGAUAAUCCUUUCCUAAUCUCUAAAUCCACCAUCCUUCAGGGCCAUAAAGCAUCGUUUCUUUCCCGUGAUCAAGAAACGCUGAACAAGCUGGCGAGUUUGAUACCGGAAACGGAAGGCGCCACUAGUACACUUUUGACUGCGAAAGCACGAAACUUUGUUUUUGCCACUCUUAGUCCUGCAGUUGAGAAGUCCUCUAAACGAUCGCUAGAACCAGAAGGUGUAGAGGUUAACGCCAACACUAAGAAGAAAAAAACUUCGGAUAAGGGCUCGUUCGGUGCAAAGAAAAAAUUGCUACAUUCUACGCAAUAA